ACAGCCACCAGUGGGCUUCAGGUGGGUUUCUUUUUCCCGAGGCUUCUCUCUCUUUUUGGUUUCUCUUUCCCGAGGCUUUACUGUUGACGCACAUUUGGGAUUAUUUUCUUCUGCUUUUAAUGGCUGUGGACUAUUAAAACUACUCUGACGACAUGGACUGAAAGGGGAAGGUCACCUUGACUGCAGCGUGCCUCAGCAGUGGACACGAAAUGGACCUGAGUUGUGACGGAGAGUAGGAGCUCAGUACAACAUUCAUACGAACUCCGCUCGACGUGCGACGAAGUUUUUUAAGUGGCAUACUGUGUAGGUGUAGAAUGAACAGAGGGAUAAUCCAUUCCUCAAACAUGAGAUUUUACUGACCUCCAGUCUGUGCACUCUGAGCCGCCAACCCCGAAAACACUAGAUAUGUGACGUAGGAACAAUUACUGAGAACCGCCCACAACGUUCCACAGCAAACUGAGACAGGCUCGAAACACUGCGACAGGCUCGAGACACACUGAGACACACUGCGACAGGCUCGAGACACACUGCGACAGGCUCGAGACACACUGAGACACACUGCGACAGGCUCGAGACACACUGAGACAGGCUCGAGACACACUGAGACACACUGCGACAGGCUCGAGACACACUGAGACACACUGCGACAGGCUCGAGACACACUGAGACACACUGAGACAGGCUCGAGACACACUGAGACACACUGAGACAGGCUCGAGACACACUGAGACACACUGCGACAGGCUCGAGACACACUGAGACACACUGCGACAGGCUCGAGACACACUGAGACAGGCUCGAGACACACGAAGACAGACGGAGAAAGCUGAGAGACGAUAUCUAUUGGGUCCCUAGAUCAUUGAGGGCCCCACUUGCAUCACCUGGCAGGCAGUCUUAUGUGGAAGAGGAAAUCUAUGCUUUGGUCAAACUCUUCAGCAACAAAAUGUACGUGGAGUUGGCAUUGGCAGUAGUACUGGGUACAGUGGUUGCUCUCAUACAUCUGAAAAACAGGCAAAAGUCUUUAGAGACAGAAGAUGGCUGGUGGGGUGUGGGAACACCACUGGAAAGUCCUGAAGAUGACAGCAUUCAGCCAUUCCAAGUGGAGACCACACAAGAAGAGAUUAAAGACUUGUAUCAUCGUAUUGAUCAGACACGACCUGUCCCUUCUCUGGAAGACAGCCAGUUUCACUAUGGCUUCAACUCCAGUUACCUGCAGAAGGUUGUUUCAUACUGGAGGAAUGACUUUGACUGGAGGAGACAAGUGGAAAAACUGAACCAAUAUCCCCACUUUAAAACCAAAAUUGAAGGUAUUGAUGUCCAUUAUAUUCAUGUGAAACCCAAGAACCUGACUGAAGGAGCAUGUAGUGUACCUCUGAUGAUGGUACAUGGCUGGCCUGGUUCCUUUUAUGAAUUCUAUGGCAUCCUGCCCCUGCUGACAGAGCCAGGGAGCCCCGAGGACAUUGUUUUUGAGGUCAUCUGUCCCUCUAUUCCUGGCUACGGCUUUUCUGAGGCACCACAUAAAAAAGGUUUCAAUUCAGUGUGCGCGGCGCGAGUGUUCCACAAGCUGAUGAAGCGACUUGGUUUCAGCCAGUUUUACGUUCAAGGAGGAGACUGGGGCUGGAUUAUCACUACUAACAUGGCUCAGCUAGAGCCCAAGAUUGUAAAGGGUCUGCAUGUCAACUUUGCACCUCUAGUCAAACCAAGUCUGACCAUUAUAUUAUCCAUGCUUUUGGGUCACUACUUUCCAAGACUCUUUGGCUUCACUCAUCAUGAUGUAAAGAAAAUUUUUCCCAUUAAGCAGAAAUUAGUUGUAAGUGCAGUGAAGGAGACAGGAUAUAUGCAUAUACAAGCCACCAAGCCUGAUACUGCUGGACGUGGUCUGAAUGACUCGCCUGUUGGUUUGAUGGCAUAUAUCCUGGAGAAGUUUUCAACCUGGACUGAUCAGGAGUUCACAAGCCUUGAGGAUGGAGGCUUCAAAAUGAAGUUCUCUCUGGAUGACCUGCUGACCAAUGUGAUGAUCUACUGGACUACCAAUUCAAUCAUCCCCUCCAUGCGUUUCUACAAGGAGAACAUUGGCAAAGGUCUUACUCAGCCACAUUCCAAAAUUCCAGUUGUAGUUCCAACAGGUUUGGCAAUUUUCCCAAAAGAGCUGGUGCACACUCCAGAACUGUGGGCCAGGCAGAAGUACCAAAAACUUGUGAGCUACACUCUGAUGCCCAGAGGAGGCCAUUUCGCUGCCAUGGAAGAACCAGAAUUAAUGGCACAAGAUAUUCAGAAGUUUGUCAAGAUUGUGGAGGGGAUAAAGUGAAGGGGCAUUUUUGUUAACAAUAAACCCACCAAUCACUUUUUUUAUUUGAAUUGUGACUAAUCCAGACAGAAUUUUUUUUUCUUCUAAACACAAUGCAGAAUAUAAGUGCUUAUGCAAAAUGCAAAAAUAAAUAAUCAAAGCAGCAGAUACAGUGAAGUGAAAGUGCUUUCAAAAUAGUGUAAUAAAAAAAGGCAAAAUAAAGUUAAAUUAGUGUUUGGUAUAAACACCCCCUUUUCUCAGCUGAAAUUAAAUGGGCUGACAGGCAGAUAAGUUUCCUGUAGGCCUCUUCAGAGGUUCAGAAAUCACAAUACUUAUUUAAUUAUUUUUUUUAAACGAAUGUUAACGAAAUAUGAAAUAUUAACGAUUAUUAAUGAAAUAUUAACACUGUAACAUGUACUACCAUAUAUUUACAGACAAAAGUAUGUGAAAAGCUGGCCAACACACCCAAAUAUUGUUCCUGUGUUGCCACAAAUUUAAAAAUACACAAUUGAAUAGAAUGUCUCUGUCUGCUGCAACAUUCCAGUUUCCCUUCACUGGAACUGAGAGUCUUGAACCCUGUUCCAGCAUGAUGAUGCCCCUGUACACAAAGCACAGAGCUCCAUGAAGACAUGGUGUGUUAAGGUUGGAGUGGAUGACCUGGAGUGUCCUGCACUGAGUCCUGACUCUGACUCAACCCCAUUGGGAUGAACUGGAACACCAACUGAACCCCAGACCUCCUCACUUUUACAACAUCAGUGUCUGAUCUCACUAAUGCUCUUGUAGCUGAAUGAUCACUAAUCCCCACAGACACGCUCUAAUAUCUAGUGGAAAACCUCAUAUAUAUAUAUAUAUAUACAC